CCAUCAUUCGUUCAAAUUGGAUAGAUUCUCUGUUUUGGUUAAUGUAGUGAACGGAGAGUUUUGCUUGAAUUGAGUAUUUCAUCUACAGCACAAGCCUCUAACACGUCACUAGAUAAUAAGAGCAUAAACGGCUCGUCCGAAGGCCUGUUAUCUUCUGUCCCCGUGACGGAGGAGUGUCUGGAAUUGCACAUUUAGCUUGUGAGCUAACGUCAGCAGCAUCAGGUUGACCCAUGUCCUCUGAAGAGGCUCUCGGCUCCACGCUCUCAAACUGGCUCUCCUUUAACUCCUGGUGGCUGCUUCUGCCUUUCGUGAUGCUCCUGGUAGUGGCUGCUUUCAUCGUGGCCUUCGUGCUCCUGCUGUACAUGAUAUCCCCGUUAAUAAGCCCCAAACCGCUCAAACUGAACGGGGCCCAUGUGGUGGUGACCGGAGGCAGCAGUGGGAUCGGGAAGUGUAUUGCCAUGGAAUGCUACAGACAUGGUGCCUUCAUCACCCUGGUGGCACGAGAUGAGCACAAACUGGUUCAAGCCAAGAAAGAAGUGGAGAAAUGUGCCAUAAAUGAUAAGCAGGUGGUGCUUUGCAUUUCUGUUGACGUGUCGAAAGACUACAACCAGGUGGAGAGCGUCAUUAAACAAGCUCAAGAGAAGCUGGGUCCUGUGGACAUGCUGGUCAAUUGUGCUGGGACGUCUAUAUCUGGGAAGUUUGAGGAAGUGGAAGUUGACCGCUUCAAGAAACUGAUGGAGGUGAACUAUCUGGGCAGUGUUUACCCCACCCGGGCAGUGGUCACCACCAUGAAGGAAAGGCGGAUGGGCCGCAUCAUGUUUGUGUCGUCUCAGGCAGGGCAGAUCGGCCUCUUUGGCUACACGGCCUACUCACCGUCCAAAUUCGCCCUGCGUGGUCUGGCUGAGGCCUUACAGAUGGAGAUGAAGCCCUAUAAUAUCUAUGUGACUGUGGCGUAUCCUCCAGACACUGACACUCCAGGUUUUGCGGAAGAGAAUAAGACUAAGCCUCUGGAGACUAAGUUGAUUUCAGAAACUGCUGGAGUCUGUCAGCCUGAGCAAGUAGCAAAGAUUGUAGUGAAGGAUGCAGUGCAGGGAAAUUUCACCAGCUCAUUUGGACCUGAUGGUUACAUGCUGUCAGCGCUGACCUGUGGGAUGUCCCCGGUUACCUCCAUCACUGAGGGGCUGCAGCAGAUUGUGACGAUGGGGUUGUUCCGCACCAUCGCUCUCUUCUACCUGGGCAGCUUCGACAGCAUCGUCCGCCGCUGUAUGAUCCAGAGAGAACAGUCCAAAGCAGCAGACAAGAGAGACAAGAGGGAGUAGCACCAGCCUUCCCACCACAUGCACCUCCGUCAGCACCCCUAACACACACACACACACACACACACACACACCUCACAGCACGCACCACCCGUCCUGGCAGACAAGUUCAAAUGCAUAGAGGUCUAAACUGACAAAACAUUGUUUUUGCUAAUAUUUUUCAGUAGACCUGUAAUAGGCGUCCAUCUUUCAUGAUGUGUCUUUCAGGACCCCGAUCAUUCCAGUGCAUGCUGCAUCAAUAUUUCCAGCUCUUUAAAACUUUAUAUGCAUUGAAAUGAUUUACUCUCUGGUUCUCACUGCCUCUAGUACAUUCUCUCGUUAAUGAAAGUUUGUGGUUGUUCUCAAAACCACAUGCUCUCUAAGUUCUUGUUCUAGCCUGUUGGCCUAAUGUUAUUUUAACACUAGAAAUAAUUUCAGUCAACUUUUAUUUGAAUUGAGAUGUUACCAUUUGCCGUAUGGGUAAAAAAACAACUUCACUUCCUUAUGUUACAGUGAGGUGAAGAACUCUUCUUUUGACUGGUCUGUGAUUUUCAUAGUCAAGCACUGUAUCUUCCUGCUUUUAGAUUUCAUAGUUUUAAGGUACGGAUACAGGACAUCUGUGUUUUCGGAUGAAACAGCCGGAGUCUGCCACUCUGCCUUAUCUCCUUUGCUCUGUGUGGGGGUUUCUGAAGGAAAUGUUUACCUUAUAAAUGCGCGUGCGAGUGUGUAUGUAUAUUUUUCUGCUUGUAUGCAUGCGUUUAGGUGACCUCAGGGGCUUCUAAGAGUUCACUGAACUGAAUGAAGGAUGUGUCAGGAAAAGCCAUUGCAGAGGUUUAAAGGCUCGCUGGCUCGAGUCAGUGCACCUCUCUGCCAACAGGUGGAGCUGGAGAUCCAAACGGAUCAGGUGUAACCUGAGCAAAAGCCUACAUGUGCAGCAGCCCGUGUUUAAAGCUGAUCUAGAAUCAGUCAUAGUCAGAUGGUUCCAUGUCCACAACCCCAGAUCUCUGUAGUAUUAAAGGUAAAUAAAUGCGGGUCCAUCUAGUGUUCACGCAGGUAUUUUAAACACUGUAGAUGUUGUGAAGCUUGAUCAGAUUUUGACACCAAAACAAGCAAUAUGGCUUCCACAGGACAAGUGAAUAUCCUCGUGCUCUGCUCUGUCGUAACGUAAAAUAGAUGGUUCCAGCAUAUAAACUGUGUUUUCUGCUUCCAAACCUGCCCCUCGUACCUUACUGACAACACAAUAGCUAGAGAGAAAAUGACACUUACUCAUGCUGUUGUAAUAUUUGCCUUCCUCACUGUCACAAGCAAACGGGAGCAUGUGAUGCGAUCACACCCUACAGUUAUGUGAGCGGAUGUUUAUGAGGACUCCAUCUCUUGAAUGCCUGAAUGCACAGAAAAUAAUCCAUUUAAAUAGUUCACCCAAAAAUGAACAUUGUGUCAUUAUUAAGUGUUUACUCACCCUCAAGUUCUUUCAAACCCGUAGGACAUUCUGUUUUCAGUACAACACAAAAGGAGAGGUUUAGUGGAAUGUUCCUGCUGCUCCUUUCCUUGCAGUGAAAGUGAAUGGGGCCUGCAAAGCUCCAAAAUAAACAAAAAAGGACUGUAAAAGUGUAAAAUAUUAUUUCUUCUGAAAAAGCAUUAUUGAUUUGGGUUAGAAACAGAAAAAUCCCUUGAAUUAAGAUCUUGAAUUUACUGUGCAUGAAAUAUGGGAGUUAUGGCAUGUACAGUUUUCUGAGUCAAAUUUUUGCUUCAGUACUUCAAAUUUAAUGUGCAUGAUUCGUAUGAACUACUUUUAAUAGUGCUUCUUUUCAUUUUGUGGAAAAGUGCAGCAUAAACGUUUGGCUAAAUUUCUCUUUUUGGUUCCCCAAAAUAAAAUUAAAAAAAUCCUAUGGUUUUGGAAUGACAUGUGAAUAAAUGAUGACCGAAUUUCAUUUUUGAUUGAAGUAACACUUUCUUUCAAUAUGAUGUUAGUUAAGCUGCUGUUUUUCCUAGAACAUACCUGCAAACUCAUCACCUUUUGUUUUUUUGUCUUGGCUACAGGGUUACCACUGUAUUACUGCUUUCCCAUAACGUAUGUAAUCAUUUAAUAGCUUGUAACAUGGUUAUCCAUUGCUGUUUAAAUUAAAACUGCAACAUGUUUAAAUCAUAGUGGUAAUUUUAGAGUUUAGGUUAACGUACACAUGUGUUGCUAUUUAAACAACAUGUAGAUAUUAUAUAGAAUUUUCCAAGAAAAAAAAUCCCUCUUUUCUAUUCCCUAUCAGCUUUUUUUUAAACGAGCCCGGAGUUUGCAGGUAUACUAGAAACCUUUGACCAAUGCAGUCAGGCACAGUCAUGGACGCCCAUUUUCAAGCCUUAAGAGAUUCUGACAGACCACUACAAAAGCUAUAAGGGUUGAUACCUCCACAUCCAACUAUGGCAUAGCUUGUGUAUGGUUUACGCAUAUUGGUUUCAGUAUGGAAAAAGACAUUGUUUUUGUUUGUUUGUACAUUAUUUGCUAUGGAUAUUUUUUUACAAAAAGACCCGAAAUAUGAGAAUGAGGAUGCAUGAGUCAAAACGACGAUGUUCUCAUUUGAUAUUGGCUCAAGGCAAGUCGUCCAGCACAUAGUAGCUAUAAGUUAGGUGCCGAUAUGUCGGACAUACGAUU